GGGAUUUAAAUGAUGGUUCUGCUGCACCUGUUCAGUCUCUUACUCCUAGAGCAAGCAUUCAUCGGAUACUGCUUAGAGUCACAAGAAAAUGAACAGCAACCACUGAUAGGUUCUGCCAUUCCUUGCCAGGGUUCUUGGAUAGCUGGAUUGCAUGGAAGAGAUGGACGAGAUGGGAGGGAUGGACUCAAGGGAGAAAAGGGAGACCCAGGUGAAAUACCUAGCUGCCCCCAGGUACAUUCACCACAGUUUGGACAUCCAGGAAUUCCAGGUCCACCAGGACUUCCAGGCAUCCAGGGCAGGAAAGGAGAACCAGGCGAAAAGCAAUCUUCUAUAACUGAUGAGCAAUUGAAGAUCAUCUCAGAAUUACAAAUGCGUGUCCUCAAAUUAGAAAGUGCCCUUGAUUUGUAUGGAAGUGCUGUUCAAGUGGGAAAAAAGUUUUUCGCCACCAGUGGUCUGGCUUCUGACUUCAGCACAGCCAAUAAAACUUGCUACAUGUUUGGAGGCGCUAUUGCCACUCCAAGAAACGCGGAUGAGAAUGCGGCUAUCCUGAAGCUCGUGAUAAAGCACAACACAUAUGGCUUCAUUGGUCUAAUGGAGGGGAAAACGCAGGGGACUUUCCAUUAUUUGGAUGGGACCACUUUGCGGUACAGCAACUGGUACCCAGGGACUCCAGAUGGGCAAGGAAGUGAAAAUUGUGUGGAAAUGUACACAGAUGGUACAUGGAAUGACAGAUACUGCUCUAAAAGCCGCCUCACUCUCUGUGAGUUCUGAGCCCCAACAAGAGCUGGACAAAAGCAUGGAUGACUCAUUGAUGAACUUGGAUGAACCAUUUAGCUCAAGAAUUGGUGGCCCAAAGGGACUUAAAAUCUUUUCCCUCUCAGGUAGCAGUCUAUGAGGAAGAGUUAUUAAUAAAUCCUAUUUUUAGCCCAUAAAAAAUGAAAAUCAUUUCUAUUUCCCCUGCCAGGACUGCCCAUCUCUAUACCUUUUCUCUCUCUAAUCAAGUCCUACUUUUUUAAGACUUAGCUAAAAAUCUGUCUCUUUUCCCCAUGUGGCCAAGCAUGAUUAUCAUUCUACAAUAAUUUCCACUUGGGAACCCAUAUGAGUUUGUACCCCCCAAAUUAAUAUUUACCACCUACUGCCUGAUCAAGUUACUUAAUAUUUCAAGUGGAUAUAUCCAUUUCUCUAUCUUGAGUUUAAGCUCUUGAAAGAGUAAGAAUUUGUCUUCUCCUCCCUUAGACUGCAGAGAGCUGAAUA